UCGGGUUUCAUAUCAUAUCAACAAAAAUAUAAUUUUUGUUCAGAUUUUUUCAGUUUUCACCUAAAAAUAUAAUAAAAUAUAAAAUAAAAACCACUUUAGUUCAUUGCUAAGUAACUUUUCAAGCUUUCCAUUUAGCGUCAGCGUCUUUUCAGUGCUUCAAUGGAUUCGGAUAGUGACGAUGACGGUUCCGGUAGCCAAGGCGGCUUCGAUAUGACCGGAAUUCUAUUUGGCAACAUCGAUUCCGAUGGUAAAUUAGUCGACGAUGUUGGAAAUGCCUUUGAUACUGAAACCAAAAAACAUCUAGCAUCGUUAUCAAAGUUUGGCUUGAAUUCCUUGCUCCAUGAAGUCAUUGAAAAUGGCGACAAGAAAGAUGACCAACCAUCCGAUGAAGAAGAUGUUCAAAAAGACGAAAAUGCCAUCGACUAUUCAGACAUAACCGAGAUGUCCGAAGACUGCCCUCAUUCCCCGCCAAAAAUUGUCGACCUUGAUGAUGUUAUACCUGCAAGUAAAGUCACAGUAGAUGGUGUUAAAGUCGAUGAUAAAGAACUUAUGCCUCCACCAAGUGCCCCAGUGCGAAGCACAUCUAUUUCCGAAGGCGUUAAGCCUGGUGAAACACCUACCGAAGCUGAAAAGACUAUCGAGAAGCAAGCUGAGAAGAAGCUGGAUACCCCAUUGGCAGCUAUGCUGCCAUCGAAGUACGCCAAUAUCGAUGUCCGGGAACUCUUUCCGGACUUUCGUCCCGAUAAGGUUCUUCGUUUCUCAAGGUUAUUCGGGCCAGGUAAGCCCUCAAGUCUUCCCCAGAUCUGGCGGAGUGUCAAGAAGCGAAGAAGAAAACGGAAGCAAUCGAGGGAUCAGAAGAACGCUAAUGCCGGGUCCGAUUCAACAAGUGACUCAGAGGAACCAAAACGAAAAGGUUUCGGUUUCCACUACGCCCCUCCACCGAGUAAAGAAAUGUGCAUGUCCGACGACGAGGACAAACUUCUGCGGAUCUCAAACAGCGAGGACGUCCGCAACGAGGGCACCGACAGCGGCGACAACAAUGAGAACAAGCCCAAAGUUGCCGACUGGCGAUAUGGACCAGCUCAAAUUUGGUACGACAUGCUUGAGGUUCCAGAUUCUGGAGAUGGCUUCAACUAUGGCUUUAAAGUUCGCGACAAAAACGCCAAAGUCGAACCCAAAGAUGAGGAGGAAAUCAAAGGUGAGGCUAUCGCUGAAGACGCUUUCCUCAUGGUUUCCCAACUGCACUGGGAGGACGAUGUGGUGUGGGAUGGCAACGAUAUCAAGGCGAAGGUGUUGCAAAAACUCAAUUCCAAAACAAAUGCUGCCGGAUGGCUGCCAUCGAGUGGGUCGAGGAUUUUCCAACCUGGCAAAAGUCUCCCAGUUGCUGGAGCGACUCCAGGAAAGAUGCCAUUGGCCAAUCAACCGAUCCAAGGAAAGCAGAAGAAUUCGAUCUCAAUCCAAAAACAAGAAGCUAUCGACGACACCUGGUACAGUAUCUUCCCUGUGGAGAAUGAAGAACUCAUCUACAGCAAAUGGGAGGAUGAAAUAAUUUGGGAUGCUGAGGAAAUGGGCAAGGUACCCAAACCCAAAGUUCUCACCCUCGAUCCCAACGAUGAGAAUAUAAUUCUUGGAAUCCCAGAUGACAUUGAUCCAUCGAAAAUCAACAAAAACACUGGACCACCUCCGAAAAUCAAGAUUCCACAUCCUCAUGUCAAGAAAUCCAAGAUUUUACUUGGCAAGGCAGGUGUAAUCAAUGUCCUGGCCGAAGAUACACCACCUCCUCCUCCAAAAAGUCCCGAUCGUGAUCCAUUUAAUAUAUCAAAUGAUUCUUACUACAUGCCCAAGACUGAACCCACUCUACGACUUAAAGUCGGUGGUGGGAAUCUCAUCCAACACUCGACGCCAGUUGUUGAACUACGUGCUCCAUUCAUUCCGACUCACAUGGGUCCAAUGAAAUUGCGAGCCUUGCACAGAUUACCACUGAAGAAAUACUCCCAUGGCACAUUGGCCUCCCCGGGGCUACACGCAGUAGCACCUCUCCUCAAGCACAUAGCAAAGAAGGCGAAGCAGAGGGAGCUCGAAAGGAUUGCUUCAGGCGGUGGAGAUGUAUUCUUUAUGCGUAAUGCCGAGGAUCUGAGUGGCAAAGAUGGUGACAUCAUUCUGGCCGAAUUCUGCGAGGAACAUCCACCGCUUAUGAAUCAAGUUGGAAUGUGUUCGAAAAUUAAGAACUACUACAAACGGAAGGCUGCCAAAGACUCGGGCCCGCAAGAGUUUAAGUACGGCGAAGUGGCAUACGCACAUACGAGUCCAUUUUUGGGAAUCCUCCAUCCGGGUCAUUGUAUCCAGGCUCUGGAAAAUAAUAUGUAUCGGGCUCCGAUUUAUCCGCAUAAUAUUAGCAUAACUGAUUUUCUUGUCAUUCGAACGAGGAAUAACUAUUGGAUAAGAGAGAUCAAUGCUUUGUUUACUGUGGGCCAGGAAUGUCCGUUGUAUGAAGUCCCAGGACCGAAUUCGAAGAGAGCAAACAAUUUUACAAGGGACUUUUUGCAGGUAUUUAUCUAUCGACUGUUUUGGAAGAGCUCCGAUCAGCCAAGAAGAAUAAGAAUGGAUGACAUAAAAAGAGCCUUCCCCGCCCAUUCGGAGAGUAGUAUUCGUAAGCGUUUAAAACAAUGUGCUGAUUUCAAGCGUACUGGCAUGGAUUCCAAUUGGUGGGUUAUCAAACCAGAAUUCCGUCUUCCAUCUGAAGAAGAAAUUCGUGCAAUGGUCUCACCAGAACAAUGUUGUGCUUACUUCAGUAUGAUAGCAGCCGAACAAAGAUUAAAGGACGCUGGUUAUGGUGAGAAAUUUAUAUUUGCUCCCCAAGAAGACGACGAUGAAGAAACUCAAUUGAAAAUGGAUGACGAAGUUAAAGUUGCUCCAUGGAAUACCACAAGAGCUUAUAUUCAAGCGAUGCGUGGAAAGUGUCUCCUUCAGUUAACCGGUCCAGCUGAUCCAACAGGUUGUGGUGAAGGUUUUUCCUAUGUUCGUGUUCCUAACAAACCAACUCAAACAAAAGAAGAACAAGAAUCCCAACCAAAACGUAGUGUCACCGGUACCGAUGCCGAUUUGCGUCGAUUGCCUCUGAAUAAGGCUAAAGAACUUUUGCGUAAAUUCAAAGUACCCGAAGAGGAAAUAAAGAAACUGUCUCGUUGGGAAGUCAUCGAUGUUGUGCGUACUUUGUCGACGGAAAAAGCAAAAGCUGGUGAACAGGGUAUGGAUAAGUUCUCUCGUGGUAAUCGGUUCUCCAUAGCCGAACAUCAGGAGCGCUACAAAGAAGAAUGUCAACGUAUUUUCGAUUUACAAAAUCGUGUGCUUGCCAGUUCGGAAGUCCUCUCUACCGAUGAAGAUGAAUCGUCGGCAUCGGAAGAAUCUGAUCUGGAGGAAUUGGGUAAGAAUCUCGAGAAUAUGUUGUCGAAUAAAAAGACCUCCACACAAUUGUCGAUGGAGCGAGAGGAACAAGAACGUCAGGAGUUGCUCAAGAAGAUUAUGGAAGAGCGAGAGGGAUCCAAUACAAAGAACUCCAAAGACGAUAAAGAUAAAAAUCAGACCCCAGGCCUGGGGAACUCCAAUCAAGGUCGGAUUCUGAAGAUUACUCGAACUUUCAAAAACGCAGAAGGUCGAGAAUUCACGAGGGUUGAAAUAGUCCGUAGGCAGCCGGUGAUCGAUGCGUAUGUCAAAAUCCGAACAACCAAGGAUGAGGCAUUCAUCAAACAGUUUGCCACACUGGACGAACAGCAGAAGGAGGAGAUGAAACGAGAGAAACGAAGAAUCCAAGAGCAGCUGCGUCGUAUCAAACGCAACCAGGAACGAGAGCGUCUAGCUCAAUUGGCACAAAAUCAAAAACUCCAACCAGGUGGUAUGCCCACGAGUUUGGGAGAUCCUAAGAGUUCUGGUGGGUCGGGCCCAUCCGGACACUCGAGCAGUAAGGAUAUAAGUCCGUCUCGAAAGAAGUUCAAGCUGAAACCGGAUUUAAAGUUAAAAUGCGGUGCUUGUGGACAAGUUGGUCAUAUGCGAACGAACAAGGCGUGUCCACUGUACACUGGAACCCCUGGGCCAACGCCGUCGAUGAAUGUGGCCAUCACGGAGGAACAAGAAGAGGAAAUCGAGAAGGAACUCAAUUGUGAUGACGAGGAUUUGGUGAACGUCGAUGGCACAAAGGUCACAUUGAGUAGCAAACUACUGAAACGCCAUGAGGAUGUCAAGAGGCGCACGUUGCUGCUGAAGGUUCCCAAGGAAGCUGUCGGCAAGAAGCGUCGUAGAAUGGGAAGUGAAUUGCAUUGUGACUACCUGCAGAGACACAACAAGGGAGCCAAUAGACGGCGAACUGAUCCUCUGGUCGUGCUCUCGUCGAUUUUGGAAGAGAUUCUGAAUGAACUUCGAGACUUACCUGAUGUUCAACCAUUCAUGUUUCCUGUCAAUGCAAAGCUUGUUCCCGAUUACUACCGCAUAGUGACCAAGCCAAUGGAUCUCCAAACCAUGCGAGAAUACAUCCGUCAAAGACGCUAUCACAGUCGGGAGGAAUUCCUCGCCGAUGUCAAUCAAAUUGUUGAAAACUCAACGCUCUAUAAUGGUUCUAGGAGUUCAUUCACCGCUGCAGCACAAAGAAUGCUCAAGACAUGUUUCGAACAGCUCGCUGAGAAAGAGGACAAAUUAAUGCGUUUGGAAAAAGCCAUUAAUCCACUUUUGGAUGAUGACGAUCAAGUUGCACUUUCGUUUAUAUUCGAGAAGCUUCUCAAUGGAAAAUUAAAGUUGAUGCCAGAAAGUUGGCCAUUCCUAAAGCCUGUAAAUAAGAAACAAGUUAAGGACUAUUACACGGUUAUCAAGAAGCCAAUGGACUUGGAAACGAUAUCCAAGAACGUCGAAGCUCACCGAUAUCAUUCGAGAGCGGAAUUCAUUGCUGAUGUUGAGUUAAUCGCUACAAAUUGUGAGCAAUACAAUGGUGCUGAGUCGACAUUCACUAAGAAUGCAAAAAUAAUCUUAGAUUAUACAAAGAAUGCUCUAGCAGAGUUCGCUGACCAUUGUUCUCAAUUAGAACAAAAUAUCAGCAAAGUCCAGGAACAGGCUCGUGCCGAUGCCGAUUUGGAUGGCACUUGGGAUCAAGAUGAUCAAGACUUUGACUUCUCUCGCAUUAGCCACUCAAGUACCCCCGAAAAUGAGAAUGAAUUUGUCGAUGUCGAAGGAAAUGAUCGACCACAGUCUGCCGCAUCGAUGUCAUCACAACGUGCUGUCGAACUGCCACCACCUUCAACAGCUGGGCUGAGUGAAGUUAAACGUGGACGAGGAAGACCACGAAAGCAUCGGGACACAACAAUCGAAGAAGUAAAAGUUACGAAUGCCGUAAAACGUGGGCGUGGUCGCCCGCGAAAGGACAGCCUUACUUCGAAUCUAAGUAAUACACAGAAUUCAUUUCUGGAGGAAGAUCUUCAAUGUUCUACGGAUGAUGAGGAAUUUGAAGAAGUUAUGACAGAAGAUGAAGCUGGUGCGAGUGUUCUUUUAGACCAAGGAGAAAACGGACCACCGGAAAGCAUUAUCAAAGUUGAAGAAACCGAAAUAGGUCUUGGUCAACCAGAAGAAGGACAACAUGGAGAGGACGAUAGUCAGCAGGCAGCUGAAGCAAUGGUGCAGUUGAGUGGAGUUGGCUUCUACACUCAACAGCCUCAAGAUGAUUCAAUCGAUUUGGAUCCAAACUAUGACCCAUCGGACUUCCUUAGCAUGGGCAAUCGAUUACCGACGUCACAAUCGCACACAGAACAACCCUUGUCCCAGUUCUUACCCAAUAACGAACAACAAUUCGUUGCUGAAGUGGAAAGUGAACAAGUGCCACAACAAAUGCAACAAACACAACAGCAACAAAUACGGGUGCCACCUCUGCAACAGGUUCCAAUGUUGAUGCCCUCCGAUAUGCCCGAACAUGAGAAUGUUGGCAUUGAUGAGGAUCUUGCAAUUUCCGAUAGCGAUGAAGAUGAUGAAAAUAAUAAAUUUCUUUUGGGUGGAAUGGUUAAUCCAGACCAGUCAGCGACAACAUCGCUUCCACUGCCGUCGAUGCCUCUACAAUCAACACCUCAGGAAGAAGGUGAAAAUUCUAGCAAUAAUCUUCCACAUCCAAUGGAAGUAAAACCAUCAGAGCCUCAAGAAGAAAACGAUGAUGAUGGCCUUUGGUUUUAAGUAACUUAAGUUAUACUAUAGUUAAUGUUUUUCUUUUUUUUUUCUUUUCAAUGUGCAAACUGUAAAUAUAAAUGUAAAUAGUUUGGUAGUUCAAACAAUAUAAUAAUGUUGUGCUGUCAAAUUAAAA